AUGGACAUUAUUUCUUCAACCAGAACCAACCCUUUUAUCUCCUCUCUUCCCCCUUCAGAGUCUCCUUUUGGACCUCUGAACUUCAGCAUCGCAUCGCGUAGCUCGAGUUCUCCCAACAACUUUGCCCCGAUCGACUUAACGUCGUUCACCACGGAUUACCACCAGCAACCAUGGCUUCCCUCACCCCCGUCCCAGCCCUUGGCUUCCAAUCAGAACAAUCAGAACAACCAGAACAACAACAGUGCACUCGAGGACUUCGUGCUCUAUCCAUCAGCAACACCACACCCGCAGCCCCGCUCGCGUGUGCCCGUGAACACAACCCAUAGACCUUCUGCACUUCAGCCAUUCCUGGCGCAGAAUAACCCUCGACGACACUCCUUCAGUCUGCAGUUGCACCGGCAUCUUCAGCAGCAGUUCUCUGGCUCUCCUGUCCAAGACCCCAGAGUGACCCAGCUUGCCCGGUCCCCCUCUUAUUGGUCCCGUCCCACUCUUACGCACAACCGUUCUACGGCAUCUGUGCCUUCCAAUUCUCCAAACACCAACCGCCCUCCCAUCCCCCUUUUCAACGGUCAGCAAAACCACAAAAACAACGCGCAAACAUAUAGACGUGUCAUGUCCACUCCCAACUUCAUGGAAGGUAAUUUAUCCUACAUCUUACCGUAUCCUAGCGAGCGCAUCGCUAACCCCACCCUAGCUCACGAGGUUGAUCUUUUCGGUCUUCCCUCUGCCGACUUCCCUGCUAGCAUGGAUUCGCCGCUCUCGUUCAACGAUCUCGGUCUGGUCAACGACUUCGCAUCUGGUCCUCCUGGCACCAUCUCGCCCAAGGACCUCAUGAUGGAUGCGUCCGUUCCUCCCUCUGGCACCUUCACCGACUUGAGCACUCCAUCCUUUGAAUCGCCCGGCAACUUCAGCCAAAACACCUCGCCCAUGUUCACCGACAUGGAUAUUGCCGGCCACGAAGAAUGGCCCUCCCUCUUUGAUCACUCGUCAGAUCCACUAAAUGCCUUUGACUUCGCUACCCUGGAUGCCGCAGCUGCCUUCUCUACUGAAGAAAAGAAGCCAGCUCUGUCCAUUCCCAUGUCUCCUGUCUCCCCUCGCGCAAAGCGAUCGAUGGCAUCGUCACCUGUUCCCGCCUCCGGUGCAGUCAAGCACUCCAGCGUCGCAGGUGUCAACGCACGAUCGCGCAAGAACCUGUCGCCUGUUGAGUUCGAUCCCAAUGAUCCUAUUGCCGCCAAGCGCGCUCGCAACACCGAGGCGGCUCGCAAGUCGCGUGCCAAGAAGAUGGAACGCCAGUACACUUCCGAGCGCCGCAUCCAGGAUCUUCAGAAGAUCAUCGCUGAGCGUGACGCGGAGAUUGCCAAGCUCAAGGCCCAGCUUCAGAUUCAAAACACCUACCAGUAA